AUGACGACCAUUCGUCCGUCGCCCUAUUGCACCACCACUGCCAUUGCAGUCGUGAUCACAUGGCUCAUGGCGCAACAGCCUUCGCCAGUCCAGGCGUGCACGGCCAUUGGCGUGACCAAAGGCGCGAGUGCCUCGGUUUCCACUUUCGUCGCCCAUACCGACGACGCCGGACUCGGAGCUUCAGAUCUGCGGCUGGUUCGCGUUCCUGCUCAGGACCACGAAAAGGGGAGUCAACGUGCUGUUUACAACAUCCAAAGUGGGUACCCCCGCCUCGUCGCUCCUGAUCGAGGUCUUCAGUACGAGCCCAAGUUUGACAUGGAGAGGAACUCCACGCAAGUGUAUUCGCUCCCGCUAGGGUUCAUCCCGCAAGUAGAGCACACUUUUGCCUACUUUGACCAGGACUAUGGCAUGAUGAAUGAAGCACAGCUCAGUAUGAGCGAGAGCACGUGCGGGGCCAAGACGGCGGGGUGGCCCCUGGACGUCCCGGGUGGCAAGAACUUGUUCGGCAUUGCUGAGCUCAGUAAACUGGCGCUCGAACGCUGUGCUACUGCUCGGUGUGCUAUAACCACCAUGGGCCAAGCAGCGGAAACGUACGGUUUCUAUAGUGAAGACAGUGGAGUUAUGACCGCUCCAGACUAUGGAGAUUCAGCCGAAGCUUUGAUCAUUGGAGAUCAAUUGGGAGAAGUCUGGGUCUUCCACAUAUUGACGGGCAAGGACCACACAGGCGCUGUCUGGGCCGCUCAACGUGUUGAAGACGGACACGUGACAGUGGUUGCUAAUGGCUUUACGAUCCGGGAGAUGGACUUGAGUCAGCCUGACUGGUUUAUGGCUUCAACAAAUGUGCUUUCGUUUGCGGAAGAGAUGAACUGGUUUGACCAGAAAGGGGACAAACCGUUUGACUUUACGGCUUCGUACGGCUUCGCUGACAAGGACGCUAUUGGACCCUUGUAUACUGGACGUCGUGUCUGGCGAGUGUUUGACGUACUCGCUCCUUCAUUGCAGCUGGAUGCCCGUCUUGGGAGCUUUUCACAGUACGCGACGUACCCAUUUUCCGUCAAACCAGACCGUGUCGUGGACUUGGAGCAAGUUAUGGACUUACUUCGGGAUUACUAUGAAGGCACGCGUUAUGAUAUGACAAAAGGCAUGUCAGCUGGACCCUUUGGAUCUCCUGUCCGAUGGGCAGGUAGUCCUGUUAGUGUGACAGGAGGCUGGGAACGAUCGAUUUCCAUGUCCCGCACGCUCUUUUCCUUCGUGCUGCAGAUUCGCAGUCAAGUUGGAGUACAUGCAGUUGAUGGCGUGGUAUGGUACGCCCACGAUGCCCCGCACGGAUCGGUCUUUGUGCCGUUCUCCUGUGCACAGGACGCGAUUCCAGAGUCGUACUUGGUAGGGCGACAGAGCAAAUUCAAUCCGCAGUCUGCUUGGUGGGCUUUCAACUUUGUCAACAACUGGAGUCUACUGCGGUUUAACACUAUGAACAUUGAGAUCCGUGACAAAAUUACUGCACUGCAGAAUGCUGCCUUUGCCAUGCGAAGUCAAAUGGAGAAGGAGGUGCAUGAAAAACGAUUAUCCGCCUCGUUUACUGAAGCUGAGAUCGUGACUCACUUGCAAAACCAAAGCAACGAGUUUGCGAAUCGAGUUGUCGCUCAGUGGUGGGAGCUUGCAUGGACAUUGGUUGGUAAGUACAGUGGUGGCUACAUGACAACGGGUGAAGCUCCAGAGCAGCAAUCGUCGAUUGGGUAUCCUGCUUGGUGGCUACAGGCCAGCGAAUUUGCAACGUGGCCCGGUGACACUUUCAAGCCCCAGCUGAAGGUGAACAAGCAGCUUUCUCACGUUGACAGUGAAGCUGCUCAAGGCUUUGUUCGUCAGACAGUCGAGGCUUCCACGGUCGAGAUGAAAGGACGUGAUUACAAUGGCAGCGCAGUCAUUCCCAUCGUCUACAUGUUGGUCGGUAUUGUACUGGGCGCUGCCAUGUUCGCGUUCGUCAAAAAGGAGAGUCGCCGUGUUGGCUACACAUCGUGUGAUUAA